AUGGAAUCGAUUUCUCCCUUUCAUUCUCUCACCCAGGGGGUGAACUACUCGCCACCAUGGCAGGAUCUGAGCAUCAUCGGUAUCGCUGGUUGCUCGGGCUCGGGUAAAACCUCGGUCGCUAUGGAGAUUGUCAAGUCUCUGAAUUUGCCUUGGGUUGUAAUUUUGUCGCUGGAUUCCUUCUACAAAUCGUUGAGUCCCGAGGAACACCGCCAAGCUCAUGCAAAUCAAUAUGAUUUCGACUGUCCAGACGCAUUUGAUUUUGAUGUUCUGGUCGAUACCCUCAAAGACUUGAAGCAGGGCAAGAAAGCCCACAUCCCAGUGUACUCCUUUGCAGAGCACCAGCGUCAACCUCAGACGACAACUCUCUAUUCCCCGCGUGUCAUUGUCUUUGACGGUAUUCUGGCGCUGCACGACCCCCGCAUCGUCGACCUCCUUGAUGUCAAGAUAUUCGUCGAAGCCGAUAUGGACGUCUGCUUGGGCCGCCGCAUUCUCCGCGAUGUCCGCGAUCGAGGUCGUGAUAUCGAGGGCAUCAUCAAACAGUGGUUCGCAUUUGUGAAGCCUUCAUACACCAAAUACGUGGACGCUCAACGGCAGGUUUCGGAUAUCAUCAUCCCUCGUGGAAUUGAGAACUUGACUGCUAUCGAUAUGGUCGUCAAGCAUAUCCAACGUAAGCUCGAAGAGAAGUCUGAACAGCACAAGGAGGUUCUUCGUAAUCUCGGACUUAUCGCCGCCAAGGUUGAACUGCCACCGAACGUACAUGUGAUGUCCUCGACGCCCCAAUUCGUGGGCAUGAACACCAUCCUGCAAACUCCCGAAACCCAGCAGGACGACUUUGUCUUUUACUUUGACAGACUCGCCUCGAUCUUGAUUGAAAAGGCCCUAGACAUGUCGCCAUAUACGCCGACCACUGUGGAGACUCCCCAGGGUAACAAGUACCAGGGACUGAAUCCCAACGGCAUCGUGUCCGCAGUUGCUAUUCUACGCGGUGGCUCUUGUCUGGAAACAGCCUUGAAGCGAACCAUCCCGGAUUGCAUCACUGGUCGGCUUUUGAUCCAGACAAACGAGAACAGCCAAGAGCCAGAACUUCACUACCUGAAAGUUCAGCCAGGAAUUGAAGAUCACUCCAUGGUCAUGCUAUUGGACCCACAAAUGGCCAGUGGUGGAGCUGCACUCAUGGCUGUUCGGGUCUUGAUUGACCAUGGGGUACAAGAGGAGCGCAUUGUCUUCGUUACCUGUGCCGCCGGAGAAACAGGACUGAAGCGAUUGACGGCGGUGUACCCUAAGAUCAAGGUUGUGGUUGGUCGGAUCGAGAACGAGGCUGAGCCUCGAUGGAUGGAGAAGCGCUACUUUGGUUGCUAG